CUAAAAUCCUUUCUGUUUUUGGUAUUGAUCAAGAAAAUCCCACCCUUCACAAUCCUAAAUGGGUUCGACGAACCCCCAACUUUUAGAAUAACUACUCUAGACAAGUGAACAUGCUAUUGCAGUAGCAUGUUAUAUAGGAAGUCCUGAAAAUGAUCAUUAACAUUGCUUUAUUUAAUUAUUUCUAGAUCAUCUAAAUGAUCACAUGUAUAAAUAUGUCAGUUAUGACGACUUAUUUGUUUAUUCAGUUCCAUUUUGGCUCCAUUGAGUUUUUGCCUUAUCUGUGACACAACAUGUAAUCUUGAUUUUAUUUCUUACUCUGAAAUAUCCAGCAGAGGGCGCCAUUAUUCUAAUAAGAGUGGCAACAAAUCGCGCCAGACCCUGGUGCAGGUACUCGUUAGAAGUGUCAGAUCCUUCCCAGCGAAUCGGAAGUCGAUCCGGGUGGCACAACAGAUACCGCUGAGCCAGUGGACCCAGUGGGACUGAGCCGCCACUGCUCUGUGGUUUCUGCCCGGGAUUUCAGCGCCAGAGGACGAGGGGUUUAAAAAAAAAAAAAAAAAAACUGCAUUUGUUAAAAUUGUGUUAUUGGCCAGCGGAGGAGGGAGAGAGAGGGGUCGAUAGGAUCUGAUUUAUCAGCCCUCCAGAUCUUGCACGGUGAAUGUCAGCGAAGCAUCGGCGUUCGCGUCUGCUCGACGCGCUUCAUUUCAUUUAGGAGAACAUCAGGAUUAAUUGGGGGUCUUCCCUGCAAUUCCCAACGCUUAUUGACCUGCACUGAUCAACAAUGCUGAGGACACUAAAUAAACAGCAUGGAGCUGAUGAAAAUUGCAUUGUCCCUUCCCAUUCUUCUGUGUCCUGCAUGGACCUUAUCCCGUCACACUUACCUGGACAGCAUCCUCUCGCCUCACUCAGCGAUGCAGAGGGGCAUACUCCCAUCCCUCAAGUUCCUGGACGAUGCGUUGAGGUUUGACCCCUGUUGUCUCAUGUCACCUCCUCCACCGCUGCUCUUCCCUCCUCCUCCUCGGCUUUGGAGGAGAGACACACCUCAAGCACUAAGCUUAUUAGAACCAAAUGUUUUUCGAGGUGAAGUUUUGGAUAAUAAGCAGCCUGUUACUCCACAAUGUUCACAAGGACCUCCAGGACCACAGGGCCGUGAGGGUGAAAUUGGAUUACCUGGUAUGAGGGGGCCAAAAGGGAGAAAGGGUGAAAUUGGACGUCCGGGGCCAAGGGGCCGCCCUGGCGCUCAAGGUUCUCCAGGGAAACCAGGACUUCCAGGAUUUCCUGGUCCACAAGGACCCAAGGGAGAAAAGGGGGACCCAGGACUUAUGGGUCUACCAGGGUUGCGAGGUCCACCGGGAACAAAGGGUUUACCUGGUUACAAAGGUGACAAGGGGGACCGUGGGGACCGAGGCUCAGCAGGACCAAAAGGGGACAAGGGUUCAAUUGGUUUGCCUGGGAUGCUUGGACAGAAGGGUGAGGUGGGCCCGAAGGGUGAACCAGGUGUUUCAGGGAAGAGAGGACCAACUGGGAGACCAGGGAAAAGAGGCAAACAGGGCAUGAAAGGAUUUUCAGGAUCCCCAGGAGUCAUGGGGCCCCCAGGACCUCCAGGUCCUAAUGGCCUCCCUGGCCCACCUGGACCUCCAGCCUCAGGUCUCUAUCUGGUGGGGGAGAAGGGGGAGAGGGGAUUGCCGGGACCACCGGGUCGCUGUGAUUGUGAUUCUGUACCUGGAUCAAAUAAUGCCCCCUUUGGAAACUACUACACACAGCGAAAUGGUGGCAACAAACUCACUGCAAUAUUUGUGGUGAACAGUGAAGAGGAGAUGGGUCGCCUUCAUGUAGAAAAUGCAAUGGUAUUAAGAAAAGAUAAGAGGAUGCUUUACUAUAAGGAUAAAGACGGCUGGAGCCCCAUACAGCCCUUUCAACCAUUCCAGUCCACAGAGACUGUCCCAGAGAGAGCUGGUGUAUGUGGGGACAGGAAGGUGCAGGUCCAGCAUGGGGAGGAGUGCGAUGACGGAAACCAGAUUGUCACCGAUUCUUGUCUCAACUGUAAAUGGGCCUACUGUGGAGAUGGAUACCGACAUGAGGGAAUAGAAGAGUGCGAUGGAAAGGACUUUGGCUAUCAGACCUGCAAAUCCUAUCUUUCUGGGUCCUUUGGGCAGCUUAAAUGCACUGAGUCCUGCCUCAUUGAUUCUGCCGGCUGCAAGUACUUCACCUGAACACAAAAGGCCUCUCUGAAAGCAGAAAUUGCUUUUCAGAUUUUCUUCUGAAGUAUCAAAACUAUGAAAUAGGUGAUGCACUGAAAGACUGCACUGAAGAGAAGCUGUUGUGGCUGCUCCGAGGCAUGAAAAGUCACGGAAGUUAGUUUCUUUUAACUGUAGUUACUCCCUCUCCCUUGAGGUUUAGGCUUUUCAACUUGCCUCAGAGAACAGCUCCACUGGCUGCAGCACUGUUAGAAAAUCGCCAAAGAUGGGGCAAUCAUGUUAAGGAUGUAAUGAUUGUAUCAUGUCAAAUACUUACACUGUUUAAGACUUGCUGACUGUUAAUGCAGAAAUAAGCUAUGUGCUCUUUCACACAAGACUUUAAAAUGGGUUGUAUUGUAUUGUAGUAUGCAUAUCUAAGGCAUUUGAACGUCCUUACUCCCGGGAAUGUAUAAAAAAUGUGUUUGUGAAGUGCACUGCUGUGAUAUUGCAUGCAAAUGUGUAAAUGUGCACAACAGACUGCUUCAACUAUCUAACUACUGUAGCCAAAUUGUGCCCCUCUAACUGAGAAAUUGCAAAUAAUCCAACAGGAAAACACAUCCUAUAGCAAAGACACACGAAUAAUGUGGUUACUGAAUCAGCAUGAAGCAUGAAUGCAUAAGUGUAAAUUAAAAAAAUUAAUAACAUAAAUAAAGGUUUGGUCCUCAUAUUAAAAUCAGAUGAGUGAUUGUUGGUGGGGCAUGCGUGACAGCAGCCAAUCAGAGGAAAAAGUCUUUCAGCAACUUGUACACUGAGGCUUCUUGUAAAUAUUCUUCAGUUUGUUGUUUUUCCUAUUGCAAGGCAUUUUACAGAAAAGCGCUAUACAGCAUGGCAUGAUUGAAACUUGGGAGAUGAUCCAGCACUUUCUGCUUUUGUACAUAGAGCUUGGUUAUUAUAAUUUAUAAUUAAAAAUAUACUAAAAGACA